ACUGGAAGGGAACGAGAAAACUCUACACAGUUUUCCCAGAGCGGAGCGGACUUUUCGCCUUCCAAAUACAGAAACGAUUCAGUUUGCGUGCGGAGUAGAACCGUUUGAAUGUCGGAAAGGCGAAUCGAAAUCAAAGGAUGUGAAUCGAAUGAAAUCCUGUAAAAGAUAACCCGCGAAUCGGUUGAGGAUAUAGCCAGGUCAAGGGGUUUGAAAUCGGAAGGAGUCGGUUGGUUCUCGGAACAAAGGAAGAUUUGAAAAACACACCGCCACGUUCAACGGAAAUCAGUUUUCGCGACCUAUGUGUACCACCCCCUCUGCCCGAGUUUUCCAGCACAUUUCGUGUGCAUAUACUAGAAAGGAAAAAAAAAAGUGAUGUGAGCAGAGAACCGCGACCCGACGCCACUGACAUAAAUUCCUAUUUUUAACUUCCCUGGGGCCAAAAAUCCCCAUCGAUGCGGAAUCAAUUUCGAUCCGAUUCGCCAGUCGUAUGCAAAUUGUGCUGAAAUUAAGGUGACCAAGGGCUGCGGAAAUCCCUUCCAGUUAACAAUUUAAAGUUAUUUCGCCUGUGGCUUCCAAACCGUUUGACAAUCGCAUCGCCUCUCUCUCUCGCUUGUUCCCUUUUUCUCUCUCUCGCUGUUGUGCUAUCUCUCUCGCACAUUUGGUAACGGUGUUUUUAUGUCAGUGUCAAAAUCGAACACCGUCUGACCCGAUGGUUAAAAUAGUUAAGCAAAGUAAAUUGCCAAUGUCAGUGUUAAUCAUACAACAAAGUGCAACAAUAAAGCUCUCAAAAUCCUGCCAAAAAAACGAAGUUAAAAGUGUAAUAUUCAAUAGAAAUUUUGUAUAUGCCUGAUUACCCGAAUCGUAGCGCUUUUAUAGUCUUUUUACAACUCCAAAACCAGUUGGUUUCAUAAAGUGUUAAGUGUAGUUGUAACCAACUAAACCAGCCAACUCCAAACUCACCGAAACCGUGUAAGAAUAACAAGUUGUCGUGGAAUACGGAUACGUAACCAUUGCCAGCUCAACGCCUUGCCAGCCACCGUCACCAUCACGUUCAUUUCCACCACCACCAACGCCACCAUCACCAACUUCAUCAGCAUCGCACCAUCUGCUGGUGCUGGUGGUGCUGUUGUCCUCGCACAGGAUCGUCGGAAACAUCGCCAAAAUAUCUUCGUUCGAGGAAGACUACCGGGCUGACAGGCCCAUGGUGCAGCGCGCCUCUUCCUCGGAUGCACCCUCCGUUCAGGGUGGCCAACAUCGAGAGUCUCGAUUUGGCCUUGGAUACCCAUCCUACCAGAGUGGAUACAACAAACUAUUCACACAGGGUUCUGCCGACUCGAACUACUCACAACCGUCAUCCGAUCUGUCGCUAGACGAGGAAAAGGAAUCGCUUCGGCGAGAAAAGGAACGUCAGGCCUUAAGCCAGUUGGAUAAAGCGAGGAGCAAACCAGUGGCGUUCGCUGUGCGAACCAACGUAGCAUACGAUGGCGCCAUCGACGACGAUUCGCCGGUGCAGGGCGGAGCAGUUUCGUUCGAGAUCCGGGAGUUCCUGCACAUCAAAGAGAAGUACGACAAUAACUGGUGGAUCGGCCGGCUGGUCAAGGAGGGCUGUGAUGUGGGCUUCAUACCCAGCCCCGCUAAGCUAGACAACAUUCGCAUGCAGAACCAAACCAGACCCUCAAGACUGUAUGGCACAAAGGGCUCGUCGAGCGGGAAUCUUGGUGCGGGCGGACAAGCAGGUGCGGAGCCAUCUCGAGGUAGCACACCCCCCACACCUGGUGACGAAUCAGAUUCCAUGGGACCAGGACGACACGGCAAGACACCGGCGGCGGCGGCCAACAAGGAGAAGCGAAAGCCGUUCUUCAAGAAACAGGAGACGGCCAGUCCCUACGACGUGGUGCCCUCGAUGCGUCCCGUUGUCCUGGUGGGGCCCAGUUUGAAGGGCUACGAGGUGACCGACAUGAUGCAGAAGGCCCUCUUCGACUUCCUCAAGCACCGCUUCGAGGGCCGCAUCAUCAUCACCCGGGUGAUGGCCGACAUCUCGCUGGCCAAGCGCUCCAUCAUGAACAAUCCCUCGAAGCGGGCCAUCAUGGAGCGAUCCUCCAGCCGGAGCGACUGCCUCGGCAAGGUGCAGGAGGAGAUCGAGCGCAUCUUCGAGCUGGCCCGCUCGCUCCAGCUGGUCGUGCUCGAUUGUGAUACAAUCAAUCAUCCGUCACAACUAGCGAAAACUUCAUUAGCGCCAACAAUAGUGUACUUAAAGAUUAGUAGUAGUAAGGUUUUACAGCGUUUGAUCAAAUCACGUGGCAAGUCGCAGGCGAAAAACCUCUCCGUUCAAAUGGUUGCCGCCGAGAAGCUAGCCCAAUGUCCACCGGAUAUGUUCGAUGUAAUCCUAGACGAGAAUCAGCUGGAAGACGCCUGCGAGCACAUUGCCGAGUACUUGGAGACGUACUGGAAGGCCACCCACCCGGACAUUCGAGCAGUGCCGCCCAUCGCCCGCCCCCUGCCGCAGGAGGCCUCGCCCUCCGCAGAUCCCGCACGUCUGGGACCAACGCCUCCAGUAGAUGGCGAGGAGUUUGUCGAUGAGCAGGAUCCCAGGAUGGGCAUGUCCGGCGGAGAGCGCGAGGGAAGUCGGGAGCGAGACCGCGAUAGCAGGGAGAGGGAGAGGGAGCGCGAACGGGAGCGGGAUUACUGGGAUCGGGAGUUCAACAGAGAUCGCAGCUCCAAGGAUCGCGAAAGGGAUCUCGAGUGGGAGCGGGAACGGGCUCGCGAGUGGGAGAGAGAGCGGGAACGAGAUUGGGAUAGGGAGUUCGAUUGGGACCAAGGAGGAACCUCUUACCAGCACAGCCGCCGACAACCGACCUCGGUACGCCACCAGGAGCGCGGCGGUGGAGUGGGCGCAGGCGGCGGAGGCGGAGGCGUCGGCGGUGGCUACGAGCGGGACCGCGAACGAGAGCGGUACGAGCGGCGCGAGCGGGACCUCAUGCACUACGAUCUCAAUAGCGACGAGCUGCUGGACGAGCGCAACUUUGAGUAUCCGGCGAUGAGGAGCGGUCCCAGCGGCGCCUCCCACCACGGCCAUCUGUCCAGGGGCGGACGACUGCUGGAGGAUCCGGACUUUGAGCGCGAGGAGGCCCAGAUGCGGAUGAGCAGCUCACGCUACGGUCCCUCGACCAGGAUCGACGACCCGCGGGAUCUGCCGCGUGGCGCCACCGUUGUCGAUCGCGAUGAAUACAGUCCGCACAGAGGUGGUGGGAGUAGUAGGAGAAUGCUUAAUGCCAUGUCCAGACCUUUAGGUCUGCCACGCCAGUCCUCCCUGCCCAGUAAUAGAGCACCCGUGUCCUAUUUGCCACGCCAGUCCUCCCUGGGCACACACUGGCUAUCCUCCUCCUCGCAGAGCAACCUGGAUCAAGGGCCCCAAUCUCGCCGAGAGCUUUAUCCACUGCUGCAUCAGCCGCAGUCCUAUUCCCAGCCUCGAUCCCAGUACACCAGCCACUCGUACACAGCCGCACCACAGCACACCAGUCAGUCGCGUUCCCAGUCCCAGUCGCACUCCCAGUCCCACUCUCAGUAUCGCUACUCCGUGCAGGAUACAUCGUUUGCGCACCCACCAAGAUCCCUGCGCGAGGAGUUCCUCAGUCCCACCAUGAGCAAGGUCGAAGCUGUCACCCAUGCCAUUCGCAACAAGAUCAUCGUGGAGGAGGACGAAGAGGAUAUCCUGAGCACGGAUCGGUUCUAUUAAAGAGAUUUCAGUCGCCACCCCGCGGGAAAGCAAGUGCAGCAGUGCCAAAACACACGACACAUUUGUAAAUGUUCCAUUCGAUGAUCAGAUCAAUUUGGCAGAUACAGCAACACAGAUACAGACACACACAAACAGGAACACACACACACACAAAGUAGCUGGUUAAAGUUAAAGUGAGCGUUAAAGUGGCGGUUAAAGCAAACGUUAAAGCAAACCAAAGGAAGCAGCCCAAUGCCAAGUGGGGCCUUAUGUGUCUUAAAUGCUAUAGCUAAGUGUAAUCAGAUUUUAUUUGAGUAAUGUGAAUUUAAAUUAAAUGGUCUAAGCCUAAGAUUUAAGCUAGUCGACAGUGGAAAAUUAAAAGUUAAAGAAAGGGAGUCCGAAACCAGCCAAUGGGUCUCGUAUUUGUUAUGCAAUCGAUUGACUAAGUACAUGAAUAAGUGUCAGCUUUAAUAAUUUAGUGAACGUGUCUUAAUCUAAGUCGAGCCACACAAACACACUCUCACACACUCGACACACACACCUAUACACUCUCAAUUGACUGUGAACCGAUUGAAAUCUCUUUAAUCUCAAACCGAUACCUAUUUCUCGCAUCCAGCGCUUUUCCUCCUCUACACAGAAAAAUUUACACCUACAGUGCGUUUCAAAGCCAUAUGGUCAUGAGUUGAUAUAAAAUCCAUAAUCCAUAAAUUUUCAUAAUGUACUUAUUCUAUAAUUUUUAAAGCUUAAGCUUGAAUUUUUUAACUGAAUAUUUCUUAAUUGCUUCUAGCCAUUAAAUACGACCUUAUAGUACCGUACAUCCAAUACUAUGCUUUAAUAAUUUUUUCAACAUUUGUAGUAUAUAUCUUGAAUGAAACGCAUUGUACACAAUUUCAACUUCCAACAGCAAUACUUUCGACCUAGAUACCUUGCCACACCAUAUCAUGCCACACACCUGCCAAAGCGCACAGUUCGCGAUCUCAGUUCCAAACUCAAGUUGAACUAGCCGCGAACGGACCUGCAACCUGGAUUAGGAUCGACAAUGGAUCCAGGUUUAGGUAUAGCGAUUUAAACUACCAGUGCCUUAUAAACCAUCAAAUCGAGUUACACGACAGCACUCCACCCCAGAUAUUCUGCAUUUCCGCCGCCCCAUUAGAUCAUUAUUGACCACCACCAAUCGCUUAAGUCGAAUGCGUCAAAAUUAUUGUUCCAGUUUUGAAUUGUACACGUAAUGUUGAGACGAUAGUCGUUGAUCUGGCCCAUUCCGAACGAGCACUCCUUUUACAAUUCCAACCACCAUGCUAAAUUUGUCGAUCAUUAGUUGUCGAACUGAGCUAGCGCCCAACAAUGAUGAACCGCACUGCAUUCAAAUCGAUCGCCACCUCGAGUAAGAGUCGAUGUUUAGCUAGUUUUGAUCUGUAAGCACACCCACAGAACCCAUCCUACUGUCCACAGACUAUACAGCUGAAUCCUGGAACACGGGGUCAGAGUUUAGUGACAGGUCGGGCCAUUUGCCCGAAGCAAAAAUCUAGUACUUUUUUAUAUAAGAGAUACAAGGUGAUAUAACUAAUUUUCAGAAAGCAAAUUUGAACAGCGCACGACAAAUACAGAUACCUAAUUGAAAUUGUUAGCCACAUUCAGGAGAGGGAGGGUUUAAAAGGUCAGUUGGGAGAGCACCUCCCAUCCCUUAGAGAAUUUGGAUGGGGUUGGCCAAGGCACUGGAGGCGCUUUAACGAGGAACAAAUUGAAAUUUAAAUAUAUAGCGGAAAGCAGCAAACGAUACACAAGCACUUCUUGUAAAAAGUGGCAAAGCAAAAUGAUCUAUGUAUUAGCUAAACCUAAAUGAAAUAUUACUUUUUAAUACUAGCAUAAAGUUAAAAACAAAACUAGAUACGAUCCUUUGCAGCUAAGAAGGGGACAAGCGGAAUACUUAAGUUUAAAUGGUCAGUUGAUGAGAAGUGUGUACGUUAGAAUAUUGCACAUAAUUCACAGAACUGGUAAUUCAAUAUAUUAUAAUGGUAUAUAUUAAAAAAGAUACACACAUUUAUGGAGCUGCAUAUAUAAAUAUGUAUGUUCUUACCAUAAUUAACAAAAUUUAAACCGAUACAGAUACAUCAGCCGGCAUUUUGUAAGCGUGAAACCCAAAAACUAAUUAAAAUAAUAUGGAUUAAAAAAUAACUGAUUAUCCCAGAUAUUGUUAGAUACUUUCUGGUAACGGAAAGGUGAACUUUGCCAUGAAAAUUUCAUCAGAUCUGAUAGGAAUAUGUUGAAGAUAUUUUGUAAGAUGCCUUAAAUUUCUCAACUCAAGUUCUUUGAAAGUUUUCGAAAACUAAACUUGAUAAAUUCAUAUAUUCCAUUACAUAACCUUCUGGCAGACGGACAAAGGUCUGCAAAGAAGUAAAACUGGUUUGCUUCAAAAGUAUAGCAAUUUUUUUGUAAUAAUAAACUCUUAUUUCCGAUUAUAAAAAACAAAUGAAAACCAAACCAAGCAAUUUCGAUUUGUUGACACUCUUGAAAACUAUAAAAACAAAAACACAAACAUACAAACAAGUUUUAUAGCAAGCAUACUGAAACUUUAAAGAUACGCCUAUAUAUAAUUAAAUUUAGCGGUAAUAACUUCUCUACUUUUCAAGCCACUUAAAUAAGAAAAGCAAACCUUAUUUUUUUAGCCUAAAUACCUAAUUGAACUGGAAUAGAAGGUGGAAAGAUUGACAAGAGCACGCAUGAAAUUUCCGUAAUCAAUAUAUUAUUAACCAAAGAUCCCCCCACACCGAAUACCCUGGAAAAAUAAAAAAUGAACUAUUGGUGGAAAUAUCAACACCGCUCCCAAUUUAUAUAGAAUAUUUUAUACAUACAAAACAUAUACAUAUUGUAAAAAAUGAGAAAAAACGGUAACUAAAAUCCAAUCAGCAAUUUUCAAAAAUUGUAUGUAAAUAGUUAAUGAUAUUUCAAUUUGUUACCUAAUUAUUUUGUUAACAACUUUGUAAGAUUCCUUUAAUUUAAUGUUAAGGAUGAAUACCUGCCAUCACCUUGACGACAUUUUGUUGUUUUCGUUUUCAUUUUCCGCAUUCAAAUGUUGUUCACAAUAUGUUUUUGGAAAAUACGUAGUUAAAUGAAAGCUAAAUUGCAAAUAAAAGCAAAUACAAUAAAAAUAUUAAAAAUAAA